AUGCACCGUACCUAUUCCAUGCGCACAUCGCGCCUGCCGACUGCUUCGCAAGUCGAGAACCCUCCGCCGCCAGUUUCUACCACCAAAACAGGCCGAUGGCUUGGAGUUGGUGGAAUUGGACAUGCCUUCCGUAAAAAUGCAGCCGGCGCCUUUGGUCCCGAUCUUUCGCGCAAGUUGGCGCAGCUCGUUAAGAUGGAGAAGAAUGUGAUGCGCAGCAUGGAGAUGGUCGCCCGGGAGCGCAUGGAAGUCGCUGUACCAACAUCUCUCUCUCGGGGUGAGGCAUGCGACGAGGAUGUCUCAGAUGUCACUGACAAGCUCGGUGUUCUGAUUUACGAGAUUGGUGAGCUGGAGGAUCAAUUUGUCGACCGUUAUGACCAGUACCGUGUCACCAUUAAGAGCAUUCGCAACAUCGAAGCCUCUGUGCAGCCCAGCCGAGACCGCAAACAGAAAAUCACCGAUGAGAUUGCCAAACUCAAGUACAAAGACCCUCAGUCGCCGCGCAUUGUUGUGUUGGAGCAGGAGCUGGUCCGCGCCGAGGCCGAGUCCCUGGUGGCCGAGGCACAAUUGUCGAACAUCACCCGCGAGAAGGUCAAGGCAGCCUUCCAGUACCAGUUUGAUGCUCUGCGUGAGCACUGCGAGAAGGUGGCCAUCAUCGCUGGCUACGGAAAACACCUCCUGGACCUGAUUGACGACACUCCCGUCACCCCUGGCGAGACUCGCUACGCCUACGACGGCUACGACGCCAGCAAGGCUAUUAUUCAAGACUGCGAGGAUGCCUUGAGCAACUGGGUUUCGUCCAAGGCUGUGGUGAAAUCGAGUCUCUCCACUCGCUCACGCACUCUAUCCCAGCGCCACCGUGAGAACAUCGCCAAGCGCAUAGAGGGCAUUGACCUGUCUUCGCAGGAUGCCCCGAUGAACGGUGACCGCGACUCCUGGUUGCCAGCUGACGAGCACCCCAACUAUGAGGAUGAUGCUGCCAGCACUAUUGAGGGUGAGGAGCGAGGCCGCGAGGAGGAGCGGGAGCCAAUUGCGGCUUAA